AUGUCGGCCCACCCGUCGAUCAAGGCGCCGUUUGAGGACGUGGGGUGGGCUGUCAAGGGCAGCGCCGAGGAGGAGGACGAGGCGGCCGCCGCAGCGAUGGCAAAGGCGCUGGACCGCGCCCACAAGCUCCGCGCUUCCAGCGGCCGCGCGUCAAGCUCGGAGGGCGGGCACUCUCAGGGCUGCGCGAGCAGCACAGGCGAGGGCGGCCUCGAGACUGUCGUGCUGCGGCACGAGAGUGGCGCCACCGCCGAGGUGUAUCUGUUUGGGGCGACGCUCUGCAGCUACAAGUCGCCGGACGGCGUCGAGCAUAUCUUUGUCUCGCCCGGCGCAAUCUUUAACGGCGCAAAGGCCAUUCGCGGCGGCGUCCCGGUCGUCUUUCCCCAGUUUGGACAGCCCGACACGGCGAUGCCGCAGCACGGCGUCUGCCGGCCGGAGAAGCAGCACGUGCUGUGGGAGCACCUGCACGUGCCCAAGUCAGGGGGCACAUCGCUCUCCUUUGGACUGACGAACAUGCUCUGCGGACCGACUAUGGGCGAGAUGCCGGAGGGCCUUGAGCCGUGGGAGGCACGGGGCACGCGCGCGUGUGUCAAUACCAUCCUUGACACCGAGCUCUCGUGGCCGAGCGUCGCGGAGGUCGAGAGCCUCGCCCGGAUGGAGCACAGCGUGUUCGACGUCAUUGCGGCGCGCGGGAUGGCGCUACAAAGUGCGCUUGCUCCGUGGCACGGGUUCCCGGCGCCGAAGCUCGUCUUCCUGACGACGCUGCGCGACGGCACGUCCCGUGCCCUCUCGCACUGGGCGCACUGCACCAUCCAGGAGCCGGUGGUCGUCAAGGACGGGAGCACUCGCUGCACCCUCGGCAUGAUCCCGAUGCCUGAGAAGCCGGCCUGGGACGACAACUCGCUAGUGCAGUUCCUUCUAAAGGACAACAACCCCCCGGGCGCCAAGCCCAAGCAAGGCCUGCGCAUCAACAACGCCCACGUCGGCGCCCUAGCGUCCGAGCCGGAACACACGACGGUGCUCAACCCACUGCAUUUGGCCAAGGCCAAGCAAACGCUGCUGAGCUCCUCGAUCGACCUGCCCGAUGGCACACGCGCUGAGGGCUUCUCCUGGGUUGUGGGCUUCACCGAGUGCUUGGAGGACCUCUACCGCUUCUUUGCCGCCGGCAUGGGCAUCCCCGAGCACGUCGCAUCCGAGACUGCGUCGGUCCACUACGAGCAGCGCGCGUCCUCCUCGCACAGCGAGGGUGACAACCGGCGGCGAACGUCGGUGAAAGUCACGCCGCACGGGCGCUUCUUGACGGCCGACCCUGCGGAGCGGCGCCUCGCAACAACCACCGGGCUAAAGCAGGGGGCCAAGCUGGCGACAACGAUGAACGGGCUCGACAACGACCUAUGGAGUUGGGCCCACGAGAUGGCCAACGGCGCGAACCACAACCCGCGCACCACGUUCGUGGGAUGCCGCGAUCCACCGGCCCCUCAGCCCUCGGACUAG